UUCACAAGAAGACACCACUGUUCUUGGAAACGUUAUCCCAUCCACUCCCCACUCCCCCCACCGAACAUGCCGAUGUGACGUUGUGGUGAGCUCGGUUUCAUUCUGGACCCUGGUCAUUCUUCGCAGCAGAAGCCAAGAUGGUGAGCCGUUACCUGCCAGUGCUCCUGGUCUCCGCCUUCGUGGCCCUUACACAAGAGCAAGGGGAAGCAUCGGUGGCCCAGAACCAGGGCGAGCGGCAUCAGAGCGCUCGAUGCAGCCUCUUCGGACAAUACCGCACCCACACCUUUGACGGCGGCUUCUACGAGUUUCCAGGGCAGUGCAGUUACAAAUUGGCCGGCGACUGCGUGAAAAACUCUUUCUCGCUUUUAGGUAACUACCAGACUGGGAAACGGAAAAGUAUUUCUUUAUUUCUGGGCGAUUUCUUUGAGGUCACCCUUACUGUAAAAGGAGAAGCGUCUAUGGGCAAAAAAAGGGUUGAGCUGCCGUUCACACUCUUUGGCGUGUUCGUCGGGACAGAAGCGGGCUACUUCAUCAUAUCGAGUGACGAGCAUGGCUUCACCGCCCGCAUCGAUACCAGCGGAAACGUGGACAUCGUGUUGUCCAAAAAACAUUCCAGUCGGACAUGUGGCCUCUGCGGCAACUACAAUGAUUUGCCCCAGGAUGAUUACACGACUCAAGAAGGUUUCCAGGUGGAGAGCAGCUAUGAUUUUGCCAACUCUUGGUCAAUGGGAGGUGCUGAGGAGAUGUGCAGCAGAGUGUCCCCUCCCAGUAAAACCUGCAGCCUGUCCUCGGAAGCGGUGGAAAACAACUUGAUGGGAAAGUGUAAAAUGCUCAAAACGGACCAAAUAUUCAGAGCGUGUAACGCUGUUGUGGAUCCAGAGCCGUUCAUCGCGAGUUGUGAGGAUGACAUUUGUCACUGCGAAGGAAAGGAUUGUCACUGCCAAGCAUUCCUGGAGUACGCAAGGUCUUGUGCUCAUCAGGGCACAGUCCUCCAAGACUGGACUCGAGAAAGCGACUGCUCACUGAAGUGUCCAGCAAGGAUGGAAUAUCGCACGUGUGUGCCGCCAUGCUCCAAAACAUGCAAGAGUUUAAACAUCAAUCAUCUGUGCAACAACCAAUGCAGGGAUGGCUGCACUUGUGGAGGUGGGAAGGUGCUGGACGGAGACACUUGUGUGGUCUCUUCCGACUGCUCCUGUAUGCACAUGGGGAAGAAGUAUCCGGCUGGCUCCAGUAUCUCCCAAGGCUGCCAUGAAUGUGUCUGCAGCCACGGAAAAUGGGAGUGUACUGACGAGGAUUGUCCAGGGGAAUGUUUUGUCAUUGGGCAAUCGCACUUCAAGAGUUUUGAUGACAAGUAUUUCACGUUUGCUGGGACGUGCCAAUACUUGUUGGCCAAAGACUGUGAGGGGGACACAUUUGCAGUCUUUAUCGAGAAAGUGCAGUGUGCAGAUGAUCCAGACGCUGUUUGCAUACGAUCGGCCACUCUGAGGUUCCUGGAGCUGGAGAACAUGAACAUUAAACUCAAACAUGGCGGCAGAGUCUCAAUAAACGGCAUGGACAUACAACCACCACUAAUACAAGGAAGCCUUCGUAUUCAGCACACCGUUCUGUCAUCAGUUCGGGUGACAUAUGAUGACGAUUUUCAGUUUGACUGGGAUGGCUACGGGAAGGUGAAUCUGAAGCUGGGCUCCGUGUACACCGGGGUAACCUGUGGCCUCUGUGGAAAUUUCAAUGGCAAUGAAGGCGAUGACUUCCUCACACCAUCCGGGCUUGUUGAACCCGAAAUGGUCAACUUUGGGAACUCCUGGAAGAUCAACGGAGGCUGUGCCGACUUGAAACAGAUACAUGCCGACCCUUGCAAGUUAAAUCCCCAGAGAGUGAGGUACGCGGAGGAGGUGUGCUCGGUUCUGCUACUGACUGAGUUUGUGCCGUGCCACCAUGAAGUGAGCCCUGCUCCUUUCCUCAAGAUCUGCCACUACGACGUGUGUGCCUGCUCCAGUGGCAACCAGUGCCUCUGCUCUGCCAUCGCCAGCUAUGCCGCCAUGUGUGCCAGGAGAGGUGUCCUUAUCAACUGGAGAUCGCCCGACUUCUGCGAGAUGAGCUGUGCUGACGGGCAGAUUUACGAGCAGUGUGGCACUCCUUGUAACCAGACCUGCAGAUCGCUGUCCAGCCUGGAUACAGAAUGCACUGAGUUUUGCCUGGAAGGCUGCUACUGCCCCCCUGGCCAGUAUGCCAAUGAGGAGGGUCAGUGUGUCCCACAGUCAGAGUGUUCCUGCUACUUCAACGACGAGAUCUACAAAGCACACGAGGAAAUCACAUUUGAAAACGUCAUAUGUUACUGUGAGGAUGGUGUGAUGCAUUGCAGCUCAAACGAUGUGAUCCAUAAUUAUCCACCAAGCAUGUUCUCAGACGAUGAAGUGGUUGGCAGAGUCAAGCGGGACACGAGUUGCUCUCCACCCAUGAGAAGAUUUGAUUGUCCAGAAGAUGACCCGACAGCGAAAGGCAUUGAAUGUAUGAAGAUCUGCCAGAACUAUGACUUUGACUGUGUGAGCUCAAGGUGCACGUCCGGCUGCAUGUGCCCUCCAGGGAAGGUCCAGGUGGGGACUAUGUGCAUCUCUCCAGAAAUGUGCUCCUGUCGACACGAGGGCAAGGAAUAUGGCCCUGGAGAAUCUAUACAGAAAGACUGCAAUACCUGUAAAUGUCUCAAUCGCAAGUGGCAGUGCACUGAUAAAGUGUGCGAUGGUAUCUGCCUUGGCGUUGGUGAGGCCCACUACAUCACCUUCGAUGGGCUGAAGUACACUUUCCCAGGCCAGUGUCAGUAUGUGCUGGUUCAGGACAGUUGCGGUGGGAAUGAAGGAACAUUCCGCAUCUUAGUGGAACACAGUGGCUGUGGGUUGCCAGGAGAAGAAUGUUCAAAAGACAUCACUGUGUUAUACGAUGGCGGAGAGCUGGAGCUGUUUGCGAGAGAGGUGAUUAUCAAAAAGCCAUUUAAGAAUGGAGAAGACUUGCAGAUAUUUAAUUCUGGUCUUUACUCCAUAAUAGCACUGGGUAAAGCGAUUUCUAUCCUGUGGGACAAAGGCACUCGCAUCUCUGUACAAAUUAAGGGGCAGUACAAGGGUAAAGUCUGUGGAUUGUGCGGUAAUUUCGAUGGAAAUAAAAAUAAUGAUCUUCUGAGCAGUGCGAACAAACUUGAAAUUGACCCCUUUGACUUUGGGAAUUCAUGGACGGUGAAACAUUUGUGUGCUGAUGCCAUCCAGGCACCCUCUCCAUGUAGCGGAAACAGUUUGAAGCAAGCAAUGGUUGAGAACUCUUGCGACCUGAUCAAAAGUAGCCUGUUCAGUGAGUGUGCAAAGCUGAUCGACCCUCUGCCGUUCUGGGAGAUCUGCGUGUAUGACACCUGUUCCUGCGACUCCAUGGGAGAGUGCCUCUGCCUGUGCAACGCCAUCGCGGCCUACGCACACGAGUGCGCUCAGCGGGGCAUCCAGGUCCAGUGGAGGACCAACAGCCUGUGUCCCAUGAGUUGUGACGAACUAAAUGAUGGACACGCCGAACACGUGUGUGAGUGGAGAUACAACGUGUGUGCUCCCGCCUGCCCACGCACCUGCCAGCACCCACACCAGGAGGACUGCCCUGUCACAUGUGUGGAAGGAUGCCACGCACAUUGUCCCGCAGAAAAAAUACUGGAUGAAAGUUCACAGACUUGCGUCGCUCCUGAAUUGUGCCCAGUUUGUGUCUAUGAAGGACGGCGCAUUCCAGAUGGACAAGCGAUUGUGGUCAACAACGGAACCGACAACUGCCAAAACUGCCAGUGUGUUGGAACGUUCUUGCAUUGCGCCCACUGCCCCAGGCUGGUCCCAGGGCCAGUCCCAACCCUGGUCCCUGAGGCUUUCCCAACACAGCCAGAGGAAACGACGGAAGUGGUCGACGGUUGCAACAGGGUCAUGGAGCUGGUGUUCGUGAUCGACGGCAGCAAGUCCUUCUCCAGGGGAGAGUUUGAUGAUGUGAAGAGGUUUGUACUAUCCAUGAUGGAGCAGAUGCAGAUCGGCCAGUCCAACAUCCGGGUGGCCCUUCUCCAGUUCCACUCGCGCAUCAGCAAGCAGUUUGACCUGUGGGAGAAGAAGAGCGCGAGGGAACUGAAGAUGUUGGUGAGGACGAUGGGAUACAUCGGGGGUUCCAAAUCUAACCUGGGAGAAGCCCUGAAGUACACGUCCGUUCUUGUGUUUGGGAAGGAUUCGAGGAAGAAAGUCCCCAGAGUGGCCAUACUUGUGACCGCAAGUGCCUUCUCCACUGUGGAUAGAAAACCCCUGCAGUUAAUUAGCAAGAGAAAGGUGACGGUGAUCACACUGGGCAUUGGAGCGGCGAUCGACCAGAAGGCAGUCGGCUUGAUCGCAGCCAAGUCCCCUGGAGGGAAGUCGUUCUUUUUGAAAGACGUUGCUGACCUUAUGGAGUCCAGGAAGAAAAUCCUGGACUACAUGUGUAGCCGUGGAGCCAGUCCCCCGCCCCCUGUACCCCCAACAACACCAGCAAGCACCGUGCCUGCCACAGCCGCACAAGUGCUCACCACCCCGCCGGCCGGCAAGGAAACAAGGCGCGAUGUUGUCUUCCUGCUGGAGGCCUCGGAUAAGGUAGGAGAGGACAACUUCAACAAGACCAAAGAAUUUGUCAUUAAGAUGAUCGAACAGUUCCAAGUGACGAUAGAGCCCACGCACGUGUCCGUCGUCCAGUACGCGGACACGGUGAGCGAGGAGUUAGUCUUCACCGCCACUCAGAGGAUCUGGGAGGUGAUUGAGAGAAUCAGGGGGAUGCACUUCCACGGGGGGAAGCUGACCAACACGGGCAAGGCCCUACAGCAUGUCAUCGAGACCACGCUUGCCAACCACAACGGGCCAUGGGAGGAGGCCCCCGACCUGGUGUUCAUGAUCACUAGCAACCCUCCCACAGAUAACAUCACCAACCCCUUCAACACGGUCAAGCAGCAGCAGGUGGAGCUGAUCCCCAUCCUAGUCGGCCCCGACAUUGAUGUUGACAUAUUCCCACCCCCCAUUGUGCACACGACCUACAAGGAUAUCACUGAAAUCACCAACAUAGUUUACCAGCGGUGUUGCCAGCCGAUUCCCCCAACCACAGCCACCACCAGAGGUCUAACCAUGCCCCCAACAGGUCUGUGCGCAGAACCAAUGGAUAUCAUCAUCCUUCUCGAUGGCAGCGACAAUGUCGGAAAGGCAAAGUUUGAGGAAAUGAAGAGCUUUGUGAAAUCAUUCAUGAGGAAGGUGAACACAGGGUCAGAUGCAACGCAUAUCUCCAUCCUGCAGUACGGCAGCAGCAACACUCUGGAGGUCACUUUCAACAGAAACCAGGAAAAGGAGGGACUUUUGGAUGUGAUCGACAAUAUCCAGCAAAGAGCGCCUGGGCCAAGUCGGAUAGGAGCGGCACUCACCUUUGCAGUGCAGAAUGGCAUAACUGAGACAAAUGGAGCAAGGGUUGGAGUACCAAAGGUCGCCGUGGUGAUAGUCACCGGCAGGUCCGUGGAUGAUGUUGUACAGGCAUCGAGGGAAGCCAUCAUCUCAGGUGUUACGGUGAUCCCGAUAGGCAUGGGCCAGGAAUAUGAUGAGCAACAACUUCUAAGCCUAGCUGGGCCCAACCCAGAAAACGUUGUUCAGCUGCAUGAUGCGGAGGUACUGCCUAUGAUGUUGGAACUCAGCAAUAAAUUCAUAGAAAAAGUCUGCAAGGUGAUUUCUCCCCAGGAAUGCAUCGAUGACAAAGGGAAUCGACGACAGGCUGGGGAGAAGUGGAUGCUGCCGGAUAAAUGUCACAGCUUCUUGUGCAAACACAAUGGGGAGGUUAUUUCCAUUAAUCAUAAAGUAAACUGCGAGAAACUCCGUAAACCUACCUGCAGUAACAACCUGCCCAGCAUCAAAAUCGAGGAGACAUGCGGCUGUCGAUGGUCAUGUCCCUGUUUAUGUACAGUCUCUGCUCAAACAGAGAUUGCUACUUUUGAUGGGCUGGAGUUCUCGUUGACUGGGAAGUGCUCCGUUAUGUUGCUGCAAAUUGAAGACCAGGAUACACAAAUAAUCAUGCACAAGGGCCUAUGCCACCGGUUCUCCAGAGCAAACUGCAUCAAAGCGAUUGAAGUCAAGCAGCACAAUACAGCAACAUUGUUGCAUGACAAUAUGACAAUUACAGUCAAUGGGAAACCAGUCCAUUCCCCAUUAACCAUUGGGAAUAUGGAUAUCGUUGGAUCCAGUCACUUUGUAGCAAGCAUUCCCAGUUUGGGAUUAGUUCUCAUCUUCAGUCCUCUGAGCAACGUUUUCGGGCUUUGGGUUUCUCCGGCGUUGUCUUUUUUCAAUGUGGCUGGACUUUGCGGAACCUGCGACAACAAUCAGUUGAAUGAUUUUAAACUUCAGGACGGUUCUGUUACUGAAAGCAGACUCUCGUUUGUAAAUGACUGGACUCUGACGGAUCCGUUCUCCAUGCAAUGUACCGAAGAAGUGCCGGUGGCCCAUGAAUGUGUGUCGGCCGGAGAUCAGUGCAACGUUCUGCUCUCCUCCGUGUUUGAGGCCUGUCACAAGGUUGUUGCCCCACACCCAUACCUCAGGAUUUGCCAGAAGACGGCUUGCAACGGCGAUGACCCGUGCCACUCCAUCGCUGCAUACAGUUUCAAGUGCAAACUCCUGGGGGUCUGUGUCAGAUGGAGGUCGGACAGCCUCUGCCCUGCCCACUGCCCGGAGUCCUUUGUAUAUGAUGCUUGUGGGGUAAACUGCACCCAGCACUGUGAAAGCAUUGGAAGAUGGAACACCACAGAUUGUUUGGGUCCUCCAAUGGAAGGAUGUUUCUGCCCGGAAGGCAAACUGUUGCUGGGGAGGAAGUGUGUGACCGAGGAUGUGUGCGCACAGUGCGUGGAUGAACAACAAGUGUAUCACCAGUAUCUGGAUACGUGGAUACCACAUCGCGACCCCUGCCAGCUCUGCAUGUGCUUGGCAAACAAUCAGAUCAACUGCACCAACCAGCCCUGCCCUGCCAUCACAGUGCCUACGUGCGAAGUCUGUGAGAGUCCGGUGUUAAAGCGUGUCGCAGACCAGUGUUGUCCACAGUAUGAAUGCUUUUGUGAUUUCCAGUCGUGUGAAAUGCAGCCAAUCCCAAACUGUGCAGAUGGGACCUCACUCUCACUGAAAAACCCAGGCCAUUGCAGGGCGAUUUAUGAAUGUGUCUGCAAUAGGAACACGUGUAAGGGAAGACCCUUGAGAUGUCCGCAGCAUCGGGUACUGAAGGCGAUUGCAACAACAUGUUGCGAUAGAUAUGAAUGUGUCUGCAGUUGCAAUAAUGAAAUAGUCACCUGCCCCGCUGGAUAUUCACUCAAGUCGGUGAUAAAUGACUGCAACUGCACUUCGUCACACUGCGAGCCUAACAAGGUUUGUGUGUACAAUGAUGUGGUCUACUUGGUCGGGAGGAGCUGGGAGGAAUCUUGCAACGAAUGCUCGUGCACGAACAGGAGGGACAGCAUCACGGGGCUUCACGCCGUGCAGUGUGUGGCCAAAGCCUGCAACAAGAAUUGUCCACUUGGAUUAAGGUAUAGGGAAGACAAAGAUGCUUGCUGUGGAAGAUGCAAAAUGGCAGUGUGUGAAGAACGUGUCUCUCAGAGAGGUGAUGGAGAUCCGGUCAAAAUUAUCCAUCAAGCUGGCGAUCAGUGGACAUCCUCAAAAAACCCCUGCAUCACGCUGGAGUGCUUGGAAGUGAACGACGAGGUGGUUUUACAUGAAAGGAAUAAGUCGUGCUCACACAUUGACGUGCCGAAGUGUCCUCUUGGCUAUGAGCUGCAUUGUGAACGCUUCUUCAACUGCUGCCCGCUGUGCCAGUGUGUUCCAGGAAAUGUUUGCUUGCUAAAUGGAUCCGUCAUUGGGGUGGGGGAAUCUCUGAAGGUUGAUGACUGCACUGAGUGUCAAUGUACAGCCAAACAGGAUAAACUGACGUACGCUCUCCGGUGUAGCACCGUGCGAUGUACAAGGUGCCCUGAAGGAUUCAUCAGGAAAAAAGAAAGUGGUUCUUGCUGUGGGAAAUGCGUAGCCACAAUGUGCAUGAUCCGUAUGAAGAAUGGGACAUUGCUCAAGUUGCAGGCGGAUGAGAAGAUGCAAGAUAACUGUGACUUGUACAGGUGCAAAGUGAGUGAAACUGGAGAUUUUGUGUCAGAAAAGCGAAUAACAGUCUGCAUGUCGUUCGAUGAGGAAGAAUGCAGAAAUGGAGGGGGUGAGAUCGUACCUGUGGAAAACAGCUGCUGCUUUACCUGCAAAUACAAGUCGGAACAGUGCAAGAAAUUAACUCGUGUGAUUCAAAAGAUUACCCAGGAUGACUGUACAACUGAAGGGGAGACUGACAUCCAUUAUUGUGAGGGCCACUGUCUGAGUAACCAUGCCUACUCCUUGCAGAUGAAGGAGCUUGAAAAGGAAUGUACCUGCUGUGCAGCAACAGCAUCUGCUCCCGUCUUUGUGCCUCUGAGAUGUUCAAACGGGACUGUGCUGCAGCACAGAGUUAUUGACAUGCAGGAGUGUGGCUGUGUGGCCCAUCGAUGUGAAUGAACGGAGUGAAACUUGUCGACGCCACCAACCAAUCUUACCUGCUGAGCCAGAAAUUGUAUUAUGUCAAGUUCAGGAUUGAAUUCUCAGUUUCCUUGCUUCUUCACAAACAGUAAUAUCCAACUUAAUGCUCAGCUUCUGUUCAGCCAACCCUCACUGCAGAUGUGACCAAUAGCAAUUUCUUGUUUUGUUGCUGUAAUAACUGUUCCGAAUCAAUGUCCGACCGACAAUAUAAACUGCACUGGUUUCAGAUUUACACAAAUGAAUAAAUAAAGUUCCAAUGUAGGGUUAAGCCACAAA